AAUGUUUUAUUUUAGACACUAAUAUUUGCUUUAGUGGAACAGCAGAACAGGCUUAAAGACUUUUUAUGCUAUUACAUUUUUAAAUUCUUGUCAGAGUUGAGAGAAAUUCCUCGUAGUUCUUUUUUAAUAUUUCCUCACAAAAUACAAAUGAAACAAAACAUACACAGUUUUUGGGGCAGCGGCUGCAGCUCAGGAGGCAGAGUGAUCGUCUUCCAGUCAGAAGAUUGUUGGUUCAGUCUGCGUGUUGAAGUGUCCUUGGGCAAGACACUGAACCCCAAAUUGCUCCAAAUGGAGUUGGCUUGAAUUAUCUGGCACAGUGUGUGGUAGCCUCUGCCACCAGUGUAUGAUUGUGUGUGUGAAGCAGGUGAAUAGUGGCUGUAGUGUGAAGCGCUCUGAGUGGUCACCAAGACUAGAAAAGUGGUCUGUCUACAUUUCAGACAGUCAAAGGUGAGGUGUGAAAGACUUGGGGAGAUUUGUGGGCAUCUAGGGGUUAACUGCAGAUUGUAACCAGCUGAAAACCUCUGACAGCCAGAAUUCCUUCAGUAUUCAUUGUUCUGGAAGGUUUUUCCGUGAGCCGAAUUAUCCACAGAGGUCUCUUCCUCUCCAAAACAAUCAGACCAGCUGAUUUGAACUGGUUAAACACCAAAGUAGUUUCAUGUUACAGAUCAAUGUGUUUCAGACACCUGGGCGUGUUGCUGCAGGUGGCUAGUACAACACGUGCUAUUGUGUGCUCACCUUUUUUUCUCCGGUAACAUAAAAAGAUCCAGACUUUCAUAGGAUUUUCAUCGGAAGCCGAAUUAUCCACAGAGGUCUCUUCCUACAACAGAUUGACCAGGGGUUUCAUUUAUAAACACUGCGUACGCACAGAACAAGGCCCAAAAGAGGUGUACGCCGCUUCCCACACAAAAGUUGUGAUGUGUAAAAACAGACUUGACAGAGAUUGAUUUGAUCGACUUGACUCACCUAUGCUUAUGAACAUUUUGGAGCUGGGAAAUUAAGUAUGGAUCCUACGCAUUGUUUUAUAAAUGAGACCCCUGCUCAUUUACGUCACUAGAAACAAUGAAUGAAGCAGUUUCACAUUACAAAUCAGUGUAACUCUGGCUCUGCACAUUGCAGUUGGGCUUCUUACAGUAGCUGACACGAAAACGCGAAUGUCCUCAUCUGGAGAUAGUGUUUGGUUUGUCCAUUCUGGGCUACUGUAGAAACAUGGCGAUCUCCAUAAACGAAGACCCGCUUCCUAUGUAGAUAUAAACAGUUUAUUCUAAGGUAACAUAAAUUCAGCAAUUCUUAUUUCAGGUUUUUAUACGCUAAACAUACUUACUGUAUUAUAUUCAGUUUGUACCAACAUAUCCCUCUAAACCCGACACACUGGAGCUUUAAUCAACAUGCAAGUGCCAUUUCUGACAUUCUGCAAAGCAAUAGCAAGCAAGCAAGUCAUAAACAUUGUUACGCUCCUUCAGAUUUCACUCUGCUUUCAUCUGACAUCACAGGUGAUAUUCAAUGUAUUGUUUUGACAUUUUAAAUUUGUUUCCAGUGAGAUAGUGAGUUUAUAAUGUGACUUUGCUGUUUUAACAUUGGUCUUGCUGCUCUAGAAACAACAUGUAGUCAUAAAAUAUUCAGUUUUAAUACUUUUUCUGAAUGUAUUCUUCUUAAAAAUAAUUUCUUUUUAAAAAAUUUACUGUAUUAAUUCUCUGUGAAUCUCUCACACUCUAGCAAAAAUGUGUAUUGUAUCUAAAAUAUCCCCAAUCAAAUCGAUAUCAAAAUCAGAAAUCGAAUCAAAUCAGAACCUUGUGAAUUGAACUUGAAUCGAUUCAGGAAAGCAGUGGAGAUACCCAGCCCUAAAAAACUGUAUAUUCAGAAAAUGCCUGUUUCACACUACACGAUAUCAGUCCGAUCCUAGCCUGACGCGGCGACGUACAGUGUUGGCUCGGAUUGUGAACGACAAUGAGUGUCGUACGUGAUAAUCCAUGGUUUCAUCUUGUUUAGUGUGUCAUAAUAGGCGCCAACCGACGCCACGUCUGGGACGCCUCAUGACGUACCAACAGAGAGUCUGGCAUGUUUGAUGUUCACGACUUCUCCCGUCACAGCCGUCACUUUAACCAGUAGAAACACAGAACGAUCUGCUGCCGUAGAAAACUAUAUGACAACAAAACCUCAGGGUUUUUUAUAUUUCCUCUAGGGAUGUUACCACACAGUGUGAAACAGCAGAGGCACUUUAUCAACCCAGUGAGUACUUCCAUCAGCAUCAAGCUAGCAAACAAUGAUAUUUCUUCAAAAUAGAGACGGACAUAAAGUUAGAAAAUUAAAAAAUAGUGGCGGGGCUUUUACUCACCACAACGCCAGAGGCUCCCAGCUUCAUUUGAAACAGACUACAUUAUAAACGAGCUGUUAUUUAUUAAUCCCUCUGUAUUUUUAUAUUUUUACUUUUUAUCCGCUCCCGUUGGCUUUAUAAAGUUAAUGCAUCGCACCGUCAUUUGAAACUCAAUACUUCCUGAAUCUGUUUCGCAUAAAAGGCCCAUUAUAACUCCGGUUGAGACAAUCCCUCCAUUUUCUAAAUAGGCUUUUAUUGUGAAACAUUUGCAGGAACUUGUUGUGGAGGAUUCAGUGACUUGCAUGUUUGCGUACAGUACUUCAUAUGUAUCUCCUGACAUUUGGUGGCACUUUUUACGUUACUACAACAUCAUUUCGGCUGGCACAUGAACUGACAGUGACUGAAAUAAUGGUAAUAAUAAUAAAAAAUAGGACAGAAAUAACCUGAUGACAUCACACACGACGUGAAAGACAACCGCAGAUAUUUGGUGUGGACCAUAGUGUAGUGUGUCAUGAGUGUGUCACUCUACAAUCGCCUAAUCUGACAUAGUGACUGUCAGAACGGGCAGAAAUGUCAUGUAGUGUGAACCAGGCAUAAGGUAUAGGUUUAGUUGUAUAAGGAAGCUGUCUGUUUAUUUCACUCAGUGACUUAUGGAGAAGGGGCGGGAUUUAAUAAGUUUAUACUUCCUCACACAUGUCCUAGGUGCUUAUGUGGAGCGGUGGGAUGCAUACGAGCUCUUAAAAAACUCAGUAUAUCAACAACAACGCGGUGAGGACAUUGUUCCGUUGAUUAAUUGACUAGAUAAUGUAUUCAAGUGCACUGACCGACGCAGCCUCAGCAGUUACAAAACCACUGACCAAAGUCCUGCUGUGUGUGAAAGCACUGUAACAGUGUGAGUGGUUGAUGAUUAAUUCACUGUGACCACACAGCUGCUGAGACGGGCAGCAUAUAAUGAUGUCGCGGCACACACACUCCAAAAGAAUCGAGGGGCUGGACAAGAAUGUGUGGGUGGCCUUUACCUCAGUGGCAGCGGACCCAUCCAUUGUGAACCUGGGCCAAGGCUACCCAGACAUCCCUCCACCUUCUUAUGUCAAGGAGGCUCUAGCUGAGGCUGCAGCAGUGGACAGGAUGAACCAGUACACCAGAGGCUUUGGUCAUCCGUCUUUAGUGAAGGCCCUCUCUCAGGUUUAUGGGAAGGUCUGCGGGCGCCAGAUUGACCCCUUUAAAGAAAUCCUGGUCACAGUGGGAGGUUAUGGUUCCUUAUUCAGUACCAUGCAAGGACUGGUGGAAGAGGGAGAUGAGGUCAUCAUUAUAGAACCUUUCUUUGAUUGUUAUGUACCUAUGGUGCGAAUGGCAGGGGCCAAGCCUGUGUUGAUACCGUUACGCCUUAAAUCUGGAAAGAAGACAAUCACAAGUGCAGACUGGUUUCUGGACCCAGAUGAGCUUGCCAGUAAAUUCAACUCUAAGACAAAGGCCAUCAUCAUCAACACCCCCAACAACCCUAUUGGGAAGGUUUUCACCAGAGAGGAGCUGCAGAUGAUCGCUGAUCUCUGCAUUAAGCACGACACUCUGUGCUUCAGUGACGAGGUUUACGAAUGGCUCAUCUACAGGGGACACCAGCAUAUAAAGAUUGCCACUCUGCCUGGAAUGUGGGAUAGAACAAUCACCAUUGGCAGCGCAGGAAAAUCUUUUAGUGUUACUGGAUGGAAGCUUGGUUGGUCUAUAGGACCUGAGCACUUGAUAAAGCAUCUUCAGACCGUCAUGCAGAACACUCUGUACACCUGCCCCACUCCUUUACAGGAGGCUGUGGCUCAAGGUUUGCUGCGGAACUUUGAGAUGAUGGAUCAGCCAGAGUGCUACUUCUCCUCACUGGCAGAAGAACUGGAGGGCAAGAGAGACCGACUGGCUGCCAUCCUGCAGGAGGCUGGAAUGACUCCUGUCAUCCCAGAGGGAGGCUACUUCAUGCUCGUGGACGUCACAUCUCUUAAUCAGGACCUGUCACACAUGGGCGAUGACGAAGCGUACGACUACAAGUUUGUGAAGUGGAUGAUUAAAGAAAAGAAACUGGCAGCCAUUCCAGUCACAGCGUUUGUUGGAGACGAGUCCACGAAGCAGUUUGAGAAAUACAUUCGCCUUUGCUUCAUUAAGCAAGACAGCACUCUGGAUGCAGCCGGGACCAUCCUGAAAAACUGGAGGAAGGUUUAAUUUGAUGCAAUGUCUGAAAAGUCAGGGAGGAGAAACAACUCUGGUCAAACUGAGGAAAUGGAAUCUGUGAAAUUGCACACCGGAAAAUAAACUUCCAUUUAAUAGCAAAAUGCCUGUCCAUACUUUAACCUGUGACCUGUUUCAAGGGAGAGAAUCACUAAAUCAGAUAGCUGAAAUGAACAGUUCUUAUAAAUCCCUUUAAGUGUGAAGUAUCAUUUUUAUCCCAUAGUGAAUAGGGGCGUCCGGACCAAAAUAUGGAGCGUGGACUGGUGGCUGGAGAGGUGCCAGUUCACCUCCUGGGCACUGCCCUUGAGCAAGGCUCCGAACCCCCAGAUCCUGACCAAAGGGCAGCCCCCUCACUCUGACAUCUCUCCACUUUGUGCAUGUAUAGGUCCUGUUUGUGCAUAUGUGUGUCUUUCAGACCUGUGUGUAAUUGACAAGCAAGAGUGAAAACAUUGAAUUUCCCCUCAGGGGGAUUAAUAAAGUAAACUAAACUUUACAACGCCUUACUAAUUCCUAUUUUUAUACCGUAUAGGUUGACUGAACCCUUCUGCUGUUACUGUGCCAUCUUUAGUUUUCAAUAAAACAGAAACCCAGACUCAGUCCUGGGUUGAACUGUGUGAAAACUAGUUGUGGUGUCAUGUUUUGUAAAAUCAGUGCUUUAUGGAGUUUAUGGUGCUUUGAGUCAUUCUGAUGUCUAGACAGACACACUGAUUACAAAAUAAA